AUGGCAAAGGGAAAUGUAAUAGUUUUAAGUGAUCGUGAUGGCAGAAUAAAUAUCUGCUCGGCGAAAACUGCGACGAUAUCAAUCAGCAGACGGCUGAUCAACUUGCAACAACGGAAAUUGAAAAUUGUAGAACUUUUUCUGGAAAAACACUGCCAAAAGUCAUCAAAUUCUCAGUCAUUAUUACAAUUCUAUUGGAAAAUAGAAAUAGAAAUAGAACCAUUAGAAGAAUGUACUUUUGUUUCUUUAUAUGCAAAUGAUCUGACAGGAUUAGCUACUCUGUUUGCAAGUCCGGAAGCUAUUCGAGCAACGAACGUUUUCUACUAUCUGACGUACGAGGGUAGCGUGGACCUGGAUACGAUAACCGAUCCGGUCAUGAGAGAGGCCAUAGAAAAUCAAAUACGAAACUUUGGCCAAACACCCUCGCAACUUUUAAUGGAGCCGCAUCCCCCGAGAAGCUCGGCGAUGCAUUUGUCGCCGAUGAUGUUCUCGAGUAUCCCGGACGACGUGUGCAUGACCAUCAAGUUCCCCUCGAACUCGCCAAUCUGUCAUAUCUCGGCGAACACGUAUCCUCAGUUACCCUUACCAUCCGUUGUCACAGUCACCACUGGACAGCAAUUCGCUGUCAACAGAUGGAACACUAAUUACGCGGCUCAAGCGGCGAACAGCUCGAAUCCAACGUUACGACGUCACUUGGGCGACAAUUUCAGUCAGAAGCUAAAGAUACGGAGCAAUUGCUUCGUCACUACGGUAGAUAGUAGAUUUCUGGUCGCUUGCGGUUUCUGGGAUAACAGCUUCCGCGUAUUCUCCACCGAAACUGCGAAAAUCGUACAAAUCGUGUUCGGUCACUACGGUGUCGUCACGUGUCUGUCACGCAGUGAAUGCAACAUCACGUCUGAUUGUUACAUAGCGUCUGGAAGUGCUGACUGCACGGUGCUGUUGUGGCACUGGAACGCCAGAACGCAGACGAUCGUUGGCGAGGGUGAAGCACCAGCACCAAGGGCAACCCUUACGGGACACGAGCAACCAGUGACUGCUGUUGUUAUCUCAGCUGAACUGGGCUUGGUUGUUUCGGGCUCCUACUACGGGCCGGUUCUUGUACACACGACUUUCGGUGAUCUUUUAAGAUCGUUGGAGGCGCCAAGUGGCUUCUCCUCGCCUGAAAAUAUCGCGAUGUCGCGGGAAGGUGUUAUCGUCGUGAAUUACGAGCGCGGACAUAUAGCAGCAUUCACUAUAAAUGGGAAACGGCUUCGCCACGAGUCUCAUAACGAUAAUCUUCAGUGUCUGCUUCUUAGCAGAGAUGGCGAGUACUUAAUGACAGGCGGUGACAAACGAAUCGUUGAAGUUUGGAGGACGUUUAAUCUAGCUCUUCUCUAUGCAUUCCCAGCUUGUGAAAGCAGCGUGCGUUCAUUGGCACUGUCACACGACCAGAAGUAAGUGUGGCUAGGCUAACUUCAUGCACUACUUUCGCAAUUGGAGAUUCUUUUGUCUCUUUGAUUUCAAAUUUAUUUAUUUAGUUAUUCAUUAUUUAACGGGGAAAGGUACAUGGGAAAGAAAUAAUAACAAAGAGCAUUUGCAGUUUGCGAAAAAGAAUGCACUGCUUUUAUGUUUAAUUUGGGAGUUAUUAAAAAAGAUCAAGGUCAAAGUGUUUAAUAGUCUUAGAAUUGCUCAAACUUGAUUUUUUUCUUUUUUUUUUUUGUAAAUCAUGAAUCUCUGGGAUGAGGAAAAUUCCUAAAAUAUCUAAGAGGAAUUUAGCUCAAGUUAAUAAGUUAAUAAGUUAAGUCGAUUUCUGCAUUGAUUCCUUGGGUAUAUUUGAUGAGAUACUCAUGUAUUUCUUGUUCCAAAAUGCAGGACGGCCAGUCUAACUUUGAAUCAAUAUUUUGCAACAUUAUCAACAUAGCACAUUCACUUUAAAGUAUUUAAUGGGUUCGUUAUCGGCGGCAAAACAGAACACAAAAAUUAUUAGUAUUUCGAAAUAUAUUAUGUCAAAGUGAUAACAUUUUUAAUCCGAUGAAGAAUUUGAUGAUUUGGUUCGUAACGAGCUAGAGAAUUUGAAAGAGCGUCUAACACUGUGCCACACACUUUGUAGAAAUAAAUGAAGUAUUUUCGCGAUGCACUGAACGUGCGGUAAGAAAUGAAGUCGGAUCCAUGGGGGAAAAAAAAUUGGAUCCAUGCAAAUCUAGACAAAGGAAAUGAGAAAUUCGACGCCCAUCUACCUUGGCGUUUCUAAGUUACGACAAUUAUAAUUCAUUCAACCGUCUUUCCAGGUUUCUUCUAGCUGGCCUGGCCAACGGGUCGAUCGUGAUCUUCCAUAUUGACUUCAAUAGAUGGCAUCACGAGUUCCAGCAACGCUACUGA